AUGGACAUCGGAAGCCCCCUCUCGUCCGAGAUCUCCUCCCUCUCCUUCACCUUUCUCACGACCGAGGAUGUCCGGUCAAUCUCGGUCCAGAAGGUGGAUAACCCGAUCUUGCUCGACAACUUGAACUUGCCAAAUAGGGGAGGGCUGUAUGAUCCCAAGCUUGGGCCUAUGAGCGGGAAGGAUAUCUGCGAGACGUGUAAUCUGUCCUACUUCCAAUGUCCCGGUCAUUUCGGGCACAUCGAGCUGCCUAUCCCGGUGUUCCAUCCGCUGUUCAUGCAACAGGCAUAUUCGCUGUUCCGGGGCGUCUGUCUGUUCUGCCACAGGUACAGGAUGCCAGAGAUGCUCGUGCGCAAAUACGCUGCUCGAAUCAAGCUCCUCGAUGCCGGUCUGAUCGAAGCUGCCCACCUGAUUGGUCAGCUGACGCCUUCUGGUGCAUCUCGCACGGGCGCCGAAGGGGCUGAAGGGGAGGGCGAGGAUAUCGAAGAAGACGGUCCGGAAAUCCCAGCGGAAACAGCAGCUGAAUUCAUCUUCCGCGUGGAAAAGUUCACGAAUGGGGCGCUGGCUACGGCGAGGCGGCAAGGAGCGGGUGGGAAGGAUGAGUACAAGGAUGGGCUGGUGUAUGAGGAGCGAAAGGCGCUGUUGGCCGAGUUCGUCAAGGCUUGUGUGGGCUGGAAGAAGUGUAUGCGGUGUCAAGCUCACGCCUAUACUUUCCGGAAAGAAAAGGCGAUCAAGAUCAUCGAGUACGACCUGGACCCAAAGAAGAAGCUCGCGAACGCCGCAGCCGGGCGAAAGCGUCGGACGGUUCUCGAAAAUGGCGGACUGGGGCGGAAAGGGCAGAAGGAGUUCAACGAGGAUUUGGACGAAGGGAUCGAGAUGAGCAGCGCGAGCUCCUCGGGGAGCAGCUCACAGGCGGAGGAGAAUGACGAAGACGAGGAGGAAGAGGAGGACGAGGGAGAAGGCGGCCAGGUGGCUCGGACGGCAAGUGGGCAGGUCAAGGGGGCGAGGGGACGAAACGAGCGGGUGGUCUCCCCCGCCGAGGUCCGCGCACACCUCCGACUACUCUUCAUCAAAGAAGCGGCAAUGUGCGAGCUGGUCUACGGUCGACACGGCGCUCCAUCCGGUUCGGCCGCGCACGUUCCCCUCGCCGACAUGUUCUUCCUCGAAGUCGUUCCCGUCUCCCCUACCCGCUUCCGCCCCGCCGCGAGAAUGGGGGACGACCUCUUCGAAAACUCGCAAAACUCGCUUCUGACCGUCGUCAUCACCACUUCGGGGCGGAUACAGGAGCUUAAUCAGCGGCUGUCUGAUCUCCACAAGAUCGAGAACGCGGACGACGUCGAGGAGACGUUGGCGUCGGCGGCGAAGGGGGACGGACGGAGGGUCUUUGAGCAGAUGCUGGAGGCGAUGAUCAAGCUUCAGCAUGAUGUCAAUAGCUUCAUGGACAGCUCGAAGAACCCGGCGGUCAUGAAGCAGGGCAAGUUGCCGCCGCAGGGUGUCAAGCAGGUCUUGGAGAAGAAGGAGGGGUUGUUCCGGAAGCACAUGAUGGGUAAACGUGUCAACUACGCCGCUCGAUCUGUCAUUUCGCCAGAUAUCAAUAUUGAGACGAACGAGAUUGGAAUCCCACCAGUCUUCGCGACGAAGCUCACCUAUCCCGAACCCGUCACCCAGGCGAAUGUCGCGCAUCUGAGGGCGCUGGUCAUCAACGGGCCAAAGAUUCACCCUGGAGCAGCUAUCGUCGAGUAUGAGAAUGGCUCGCAGAUAUCUCUCGAUCGUAUGACCCUGGAACAGCGUACCGCCAUCGCCAACCAGCUUCUCACCCCGCAGACCGACAGCUACGGCGCAUCCUCAUCCUUCGGCUCACCCGCGAAGAACAAGAAGGUGUAUCGUCAUAUUCAUGAUGGGGAUAUUGUCAUCCUCAACCGCCAGCCGACACUGCACAAGCCGAGUAUGAUGGCGCACAAGGUCAAGGUGUUGAGAGGGGAGAAGACGAUCAGGAUGCACUACGCCAACUGUAACUCGUACAAUGCCGACUUUGACGGAGACGAGAUGAAUAUCCACUUUCCUCAAAACGAGAAUGCUCGCGCAGAAUCCAACUACAUCGCCAAUACCGACAAUCAGUACCUCACCCCGACGUCCGGAAAUCCCCUUCGAGGUCUCAUCCAAGACCACGUCGUUGCUGGAGUAUGGAUGUGCAACAAGUCGACCUUCUUCACUCGGGAAGAGUACUUCCAGCUCAUCUACGGGGCACUGCGGUCAGAGGACAAUUAUACGGGUGGAGGGAGGAUCAAGACGUUGGCGCCUGCUAUUUUCAAGCCAAAGCCGCUUUGGACGGGAAAACAGAUUUUCUCCACCAUCAUGCUCAAUAUCACUCCUGACAACGCUCGCGGUCUGAACCUCAACUCGAAGAACAAGGUUCAAAACCACUUGUGGGGCCGGGACAAGUCGACUGACCCGGUCUUGUCGGAAGAGAACGUCAUCUUCCUGGAUGGCCACCUCAUAUGCGGUGUCCUCGACAAGUCGCAAUACGGUGCUUCGGCGUUCGGUCUCGUCCACUCGGUGCAUGAGCUGUACGGCCCAAUGCUCGCCAAUAGGCUUCUCUCGGUCCUCUCCCGGGUCCUGACCAAGUACCUCCAACACAACGCCUUCUCGUGCAGGAUGGACGACCUCAUCCUCACUGCCGAAGGCGAGCGGGUGCGGAAGGAGAUCCUGGAUCGGGCAGCCAACAACGGAGCCGUCACCGCGAUCAAAUAUGUCGGCCUUCCCGACUCGUCCCGGAUCACCGACCCGUCUACUGCCAAGAACCUGGCAAAUCGGCUGGAAGAGACGCUGCGAGAUGACAAUCUCAUGGCGGGUCUCGAUGCCGCCAUGCAGUCUGCCUUCAACAAGACCACCUCGGAGAUCAACAACGUCGUCCUCCCCGCCCACCUCGUCCGUCCCUUCCCCGACAACAACAUGCAGACCAUGACCAUCUCGGGCGCCAAGGGGUCCAAGGUCAAUGCUUCCCAAAUUUCGACGCUGCUCGGCCAGCAGGCGCUCGAGGGCCGGCGCGUACCCACCAUGGUGUCCGGCAAGACGCUCCCCAGUUUCAAGGCGUUCGAUACGUCCGCCCGGGCCGGUGGGUACGUCGCCAACCGAUUCUUGACGGGUAUUCGGCCGCAGGAGUACUACUUCCACUGCAUGGCGGGACGAGAGGGUCUGAUCGAUACCGCGGUCAAGACCUCUCGGUCUGGAUACCUCCAACGGUGUUUGAUCAAGCACCUCGAGGGUGUCAAGGUCCAUUACGACCAUACCGUCCGGGACUCGGACUCGUCGGUUCUGCAGUUCCUAUACGGCGAGGACUCGCUGGACGUCACCAAGCAAAAACAUCUGCUCGACUUCAACUUUGCCGCCCGGAACCACGAAUCCCUCAUCCAGAAAUACGACCCUCGGGCCAUCUACUCCAAGCUCGUCCAGGAUGAGGCGGUGGAUCAUAUGAAGAAGGCGCUGAAGAAGCCGGAAAAGUACGAGCCGGCGCUCUCAAUGUACUCGCCCUCGCGUUACCUCGGUUCCAUGUCGGAGUCGUACGCUCGGAAGCUGAAUCAGUGGAUCGAUGAAAAUCGGUUCGGGUUCAUCGCGGCCAAGGCGAAGGAGGGGCGGGAUCCGGUCAGGAGCGCGUAUGUCAGCGAGAAGGAGCAGGUGGGGAGGAAGGCGUUCUUGCAGGCGAGUAGGAUGAGGUAUUUGAGGAGUUUGGUAGAGCCAGGAGAGGCUGUUGGGUUAUUGGCAUCUCAGGGUGUUGGUGAACCUUCCACCCAAAUGACACUCAACACCUUCCAUUUGGCCGGUCACGGCGCCGCCAACGUCACCCUCGGUAUUCCGCGUCUUCGAGAAAUCGUCAUGACCGCCUCGGCCAAACCCACCACACCCACCAUGAAGCUCCCUCUGCGCGAGACUACCGCCGAAUCGUCUACAGACGCCUUCAUCAAGGAGGUCUCGCGGCUCAAUCUUUCCCAGGUGGUUGAGCGGGUCGAGGUAACGGAGCUCCUGUCCGGGCGGAAGAUGGAGGCGAACGGUGCCCGACAACGCAAGUACACGGUCUUGCUCGACUUCUACCCCGCCGAGGAAUACACGUCCGAGUACGGAAUCACCAAGACGCAACUACACGAGUCGCUCGCGUUCAGCUUUGCCGGGCGGCUGAAGAAGGAGAUUCUGCUGGAGCUUCGGAACGCGUCCAAGGCUAUCGAGCAGGAUACGAAGGUGGGCAAGGGGCUCAAAGUUCGGGGUGGGGAUCUCGCAGAGGAUGAAGAUGGGGAGGAACCGAGGAGCAAGCGCCGGGGAGGGGAUGAAGAACUGGAGGAGAUGGACGACGACGAUGGGGAUGCGGGCGAGGCCAAGCGGAUCGCACAAGCCAACGCGCCCGAGUAUGACGCGGACGAGCGGGAUGUGGACAUGGGGGACAUGGAGGACAAUGUCGAGGCGUUGAUGAAUGACGAUGAGGAGGUGGAUGAUGACCUCGAUAUCGACCCGGAGCAAAAGGCAAAGGACGACGCGCAGGCGGACGCCCUCGUCGACGCGUUCAAAAUGGGCUGUAAAUGGGCGACGAGCUUUAGCUUUGAUACCAUCAACGGCAAGUCGGCGCAGUUCGACCUCGAAUUUGCGGCCAACAUGCCCAAGCUGCUCCUGGUGGAUAUCGUGGAGAGGUGCUGUAGGGGAGCGGUGGUGCACGAGGUGGAGAAUAUCGGGAGGUGCAUGCGGAUCUACGACGAUAAGGGGAAGUUUACACGCAACCUCAUCACUGAAGGCUCCAACCUCCGCGGGAUGUGGUCCAUGGCCGAUGAGCACGUCGAUCUCGACAUGCUCGGCUCGAACGACAUUUACGCCAUUCUCCAAACUUAUGGUGUUGAGGCCGCACGCCGAGCCAUCAUCGAGGAGAUGGGUAAUGUUUUCGGCGCGUACGGUAUCGCGGUAGACUAUCGUCAUUUGACUAUCAUUGCGGACUACAUGACCCAUGCCGGCGGAUACAGACCCUUCAACCGGACGGGUAUCUCACACAAAUCAUCCCCCCUCCUCAAAGCCUCUUUCGAAACGACCGUCGCGUUCCUUUCCGAGGCGACACUCCAUGGCGACUUUGAUGACCUCACGAGUCCAGCAGCGCGGAUAGUGAUGGGUCUGCCGGGAAAUAGCGGGACGGGAAGCUUUGUCAUCAGGGGUCCGACAAAAUUGUGA